AUGUGGAAUUCAAGUCCAACAAUUGUUGCAGGUGGUAACGGAAUUGGACAAAACCAGAAUCAACUUAGUACAAUGGUUCUAGAUAUUGAUAUUGAUCAAAAUCAGACAUUGUAUAUAGCCGAUUCUUGGAAUCAGCGAGUACUUAAAUGGUCAACAGGCUCUUUGCAUGGUGUCUCCCUAAAUGUCGGUGUACUAACACCAAAAGCAAUAUUUUUAACAUCCGACAGUUACAUGUAUGUAGCUAGUUUUAAUGAAGUAUAUAAAUGGUCCAUUGAUACAGCAAUGAUUACCGAACCGAUACGUGUCGUUGUUGAUGACGCUAAUUAUCAGGAUUUAUUUGUUGAUACUUCUGGCUCUGUUUAUGUCUCUGACGCGAAAAAUCAUCGGGUUAUACGCUGGGACCGAAACUGGUUUUUGUUUGGACAAGUGGUAGCAGGUGGGAAAAACAAGGGAUCGGCGUUGAACCAAUUGAACUCUCCAACAGCAAUAUACGUUGAUAGUGGUGCUACUGUUUAUAUAGCUGAUGAGAUAAACAAUCGAAUAGUUAAAUGGCAAAACGGUGCGAAAGAAGGUGAGAUUGUCCUCGGUGGUACAACAGAUUUGAAAGCAAAUGAAACUUUACAAAAUCCAACAAGCCUGACUAUGGAUAGAUAUGGUAACUUGUAUGUCGGUGAUGCAUAUCGAAUUCAAAAAUUUAAACCGAGAGAUAAACACGGACAACUGCUUUUUGACGGAAAGAGAGGAAGCAGUCAGAUAACUCAAUUACUGAGACCACUGGGACUCAGAUACGAUGCUUACGGUAAUCUGUAUGUUGCUGAUUCAAGAAACGCUCAGAUAUUGAAAUUUUCCUGCAUUCAAUAG